AUGGGCAAAGUCGAAAAUCACGCCAAAAAGAACUCGGGUAAGUGUCCACAAAAUACGGUUCGGUAAUGUAAUUCAACGUAGGCGCGUACCUGCGCUUCGCCCGGGCAACGGAUACCGUUUCGUUGCUCGCAAUAAUAAUAGCCGGGUUCGUCGUACAAUAAUAUGUCAACACGGUGGGUAAUUUUGGAAUACUCGACGUUCGCAUGCACUUGCGCGCCUCGUUUUUGGAAAACUCGUGUGUCGGGAAAUUAUUAUUAUUCGACCGUUCGACAAACAUUGAACCGUGUGCUGUAAAAUGCAAACAAAACCAACCGUACCCUGUGGAAGUACUCGUGUUGAUUUAAACAAACUAAUAAUAUUUAAUGAACGCCGCCGACAGAAUGAUUUAUUUCACAGUUUAAAACAAUCGUUUUAUGAUACGUAUGUUCUAUUAUUGUACAUUAUAUUUUGUAAAAAUAAUACCUAUACGAUUUUUUUUUUUUUUUUUUAUUACAAAUUUGACGUUAUGUACAAUCAAAUAAAUAUUUGAUAGUAUAAUUAUAUUGGGUACCUGUAUAUUAUUAAUAAUUAAUUUGUUUAAUAGCACCUCAGAGUUUGUCAUUGAUUGUUGUACUGUCCAAAAAUACUAUACAAAUUAUUUGAACAUGCCAUGUUUUAUAAAUGUAUACAUUGGUAUUUUUCAAAUUUAUGUUUCAAUGUUAAAAAUUUAAUUUAUUAAGUAACAUAAAUUAUGUUUUUUUUUUUUUUUGUUAAAUAGGUUCUCUAUGGGACUUUAUCCGAAUAGAAUUCAAACGUGGUUAUUCACUAGAAAAUGAUGAAAAGGAAUUUUCGGAUAGACGAGAAAAAGUUUAUACUUUUAUGAAAAUACCCUUAGAAGUGGAAAAAUUCAUGUUUUAUGGUUUUUGUCAGGUAUGCAUGCCCAAUUUUUUAUAAUAUGUACCUAUCUAAUAAAUUACUUUUUAUUUAUUCACAAAAUUCGACUCAGUCAAAAUAUGAUUAUGUAUUAAUUUUAGUGCGCAGAUUCAUUCCUUUUUGUCUAUACAUUCCUCCCAUUGCGAGCAUUAUUCGCAUUGAAAUCAUUAAUUUGUCGUUCUAUAUACAAAUUCAAGUAAGUAUAAUAAUUAAACAUAUUCAUAGAUAUUUUAAAUUUCAACAGAAUUGUUUUAGGGGAAAACGUAAAAGUAAUCUUCUGUCUGCAGCAGAAUCGUGUGACUUGUUAAAGAUAGCUGUACUGAUAUCAUGUUCGAUGAUGUUAAUGCCCGUGGAUACGUCAAUAAUGUAUCAUGUAAUUAAGAGCCAAUCGGUUAUCAAACUGUAUAUAUUCUUUAAUAUGUUAGAGGUGAUUAUUUUAGUUUUUACUAAUAUCCAUUAGGUACCUUAUGUAGGCAUUUUUUUGUUAACAAUAAAAAAAAACAUGGAAUGUUUAAUAUGUUAAUACUUGUUACCUAAAAUUGUUUUUUUAUGAUGAAAGGUCGGCGACAGAUUAUUUUCAUCUUUCGGCCAAGAUAUUUUGGAUGCAUUGUUUUGGACCGCUACCGAACCAAAAAGUAGUCGAAGAGACCAUUUUGGCGUUAUACCACAUUAUAUAAUUGCAGUCUUUUAUGUCCGUAUCCUUUAUAAAAAACAAACUAAUUAUUUAAAUAUGAUAAAGUUUAUAUAUAUAUAACAUUGAUAAUUUAAAAAAAAAAAAAUCAAAACAAUGAACAUUAGUAAUACUCCUUGACCUACAAAAUAAUUUCAGUUUUACAUAGCAUACUUGUAUUAUGCCAAGCUACAACAUUGAAUGUUGCCAUUAACUCCAGUCAUAAAGCUUUGUUGGCCAUUAUGAUGUCCAAUAAUGUAUGAGUAAUUUCCCCCAUAUUUUAUUGAUUUUUACCCAGCUAUAAUAAUAACAUUUUUAUCAGUUUGUAGAACUAAAAGGAAGUGUUUUCAAAAAAUUUGACAAAACUAACUUAUUCCAGCUGGCAUGCAGUGAUGUUCGCGAACGUUUCCAUUUGUUCAUAUUAUUAUUAAUAGUGGUAGUACAAACAAUGAAAGAAUAUCAAUGGACUAUUGGUAAGUGCAUAACUGAGAUAGCCAUGAAUUUGAUAGAAAAAAAUACCUAACUUAUGUGAUAUUAACAUUAUUUUUGUUUGUAAUAAAAUUAAACUUCAGUUUUGUGUGAUAGUCUAAAUUAAACCAAAAAGCUGACACUGGGGACAGAUAUGCCACUGUUGUAGGUGGGUAGUUAGGAAGGUAGGAUACACAAAAUUAUUUAAUGUUUUGUUUAUAAUCAACAAUAAACUAUUAUUUAAAAAAAAAGAUUCGUAGCGAAGUUAUCUAUGUUUUGAAAGGCCUUAAUAUUUACAAUUUUCAUCAAGUGAUUAAUUGAUAAAAAUACAUUACACUCAAUGACUUUUUUUUAUUUUACCACUAAGUACAAUCUAUAAUGAAACUUUUGUUAAUUUCUAUAGCAUUACUAUUUAGUCGGACAAUUUUAUCAUUGGAGAAAAUCAAAAACUUACCUCUAUAAUGCACCAACUAAAUGAAAUUUCCUUUCAGAAAAGAUACUACACUUGAUAUAUCAAAGCAAGUUUUCUCUUUAAAAAGUUCUUUUGGCAGAAAAAAAAGGCUAGAUUUAGUUAUGUUCACUCUUCUUUUUUUAAAUGACUCGCAUCACUUAUAGUAAAAUCUGAAAAUCAAGCGUAAAAUUACUUAGGGUGUUAUUGACUUUAUUUUUUCGUUCGUACUAAUAAUAACUCAAGCUGUCUUGACCCAGCAUUGUAUUGUAAAUUUGUAACAACUCAACCUAUAAACCAAUUAGAAACAUAUAUUAUUCAUAAAGAAAUAACAUUUUUCAUUUUUACCUUUUUUUAAUUUUGAAAAAUCCUUUAGUGUAGGUCUUUACAUCCUAAAAUGAAACUAUUGACCAAAUUUCAUAUUUAUAGCUCCAGCAGUGGCUUGGCAAUAAUGAAUCAGUCAGUUAGUUAGAAUAUGUUAUUUUAUGUUAUAUUAUACAUAUAGAUUUGGUUGUUUUUUUUUUUUUUUUUUGUUAAACCAAUUAUAAUUUGUAACAAAUUAGUAUUACCCGCAGCUUUACAUUAUUAUUAUCAUUUUGGAUUGCAUUAUAUAUUUAUUUACAAGUGAUUAAUUUUAAAUUUAUUUUGUUUAGAAUCAUUUUUGGACUUGAUGCUUGACUGUGCAUAUGUAAUGAUAUCAGAAAUGUUAAUUGACUGGACAAAACAUGCGUUCAUUACAAGGUUCAAUGAAAUACACUUGUCUGUGUACAGUGACUAUGUGUUGAGCUUUGCUUAUGACACUGCACAGUCUCGUCAUAAUAAGGUUAGUUUGUAAUUAAUAUUUAAUUGUAGAUAAGUUAUAGAAUUUUUUUUGUUUUAGGCAUUUGCUGACCACUCAGAUUUAGUAGCAAGGCGAAUGGGUUUCAUUCCAAUACCAUUAGGUGUAGUUAUGAUUAAAGUACUUACUAGAUGUGUAUUUAUCGAUGGACGAUUCGCUUCUAUAAUUCUCUUAUUAUUUGCAUUUAUAUGUCUAAUCACUGUGAAAAUUGUUAAUCUUGUGUAUAUACUAGGAAAAGCUUGCAAGUUAAUAGAUUUUCAUAAAAUGGUAAAUGACCUUUCAAUUCACAUCUCAAAUUAGUUAAUAAUAUUUUACUAUAUAAUUUUAUUUUUAGUCUUUAAUGAAAAGUCAUCACAUUAUAAAUGGCGUAAGUUGUCAAGAUAUGGCGACUAGUCCAAUGAGACCACAAUUCCGUAAAAAGCAACCUUGGAAUGAUAACAAAGAAAAUAAACCUUCACCUCUUAUUGAAGUACCACCACUUGGACCUACUCCAAUGUUCGCCAAUAGCAAUGUUCGUAUGCAUUAACAUUGUAUAACUAAUAUUUAAAAAAAUCUGAAUUCUGUAAUAAUAAUAUGGUCUAUAUAGGUGAAUAUAAAGGAGGCGUGCCUUAAUACACACAUAUUGGAAGAUAUUGUUGAAACAGAUUUGACUCACAGUGACACUGAUCUAAACAUAUCUGCAAUACGCGACAGUGAUACUCUGAGUACAAAAUCGGCCUGA